GGUAUAACUAAACCUGCAAUUAAGAGAUUAGCUAGACAUGGAGGUGUUAAGCGUAUUUCCGGUCUCGUAUACGAAGAAACUCGAAGUGUAUUAAAAGUUUUUCUUGAAGAUGUGAUUAAAGAUGCUAUUACUUAUACAGAUUUAUGCACUCAAAAGGAAGAGUAUGACUGUUUAUGGAUUUAA